AUGGGUAAGUCCAAGAAACAGAAACAAAAGAAGAAAGAUUUCUUAAAGAAGAAGUUAAAAGUUGGUAAGAAAGCAGAUAAACCAAGUAACCAAACUGACACAUCUUUUGUUGCGAAGGCAAUUUCAUUAAAGAAUCAACACCUGGAACAUGAAACAGAUUUAUCUAAGAGAUUAACUCUCCUGAGACACCAUAAUAUAACUGUUAGGAAAGAAACCCUACAAGAUUUCCAAAAACAUCUCCCAGAGAUAAUAAAGACGCAACUAAUGACUCCAUUACUGACACAUGCUAUUCCAUUGAUAUGUGAUGAUUCAUUAACUGUACGUGAUUCAUUAAUUGAUUUACUUGAUGAAGUAGGAAAAUUAGAUGUGCAUGUAUUAAUUUUGCAUUGUAACAUUUUUGUAUUAUAUAUUAAUAUGGCAAUGACACAUAUUGUUCCACGUAUUCAAAUGGAUUCUACACGAUUUUUGGAAUGUUUAUUAAGAUAUUGUAGUGAUGAAGUAGUAAGACAAGCAUGGCUUAAAUUAUUGAAUGGUGUGAUAGCUGUUCUUGGAUGGGGUAUGUUUGGAAAUAAUCAAGCAUCAGGAGCCUUACAGACCAAGAAACGUGAUAGUAAAUAUACAAAAGUACAUCUGGAUGUCUUAACAAAAUUAAUUAAAGUUGGUUGCUCUGACGCAAAAUUGAUGGCUAACAAUAACGAUAACCACAACAACCAAGGGCAAGAUAACCAGGGUCAAGACGACGAAACUGUCAAUAACCUCUCAAAACCAUUCAUGCUUGCCGAAUACCCACAACCUUACGAAUAUCUGAAAUUAUUUGCAAGGACAUUGAAAAAUAAGAAAAACUUACAGACAGAUACUUUGACUGCCAAUGCCUCCAUGGCAAAUCAAGAUCUCGAUAGUCGUCGUGCAAUCUUCAAGGAACAGUUUUUAAAGAAAGUUGAUAAGCAGGUGGAUUCGAUCAUCAAGGAUGGUGGGGAGUGUGGGAAGAGUGCAAACAAUCUAAAACAACUUUUAGAGGAACUGUUUUAA